CUCGUGUUCAAAUCCCGAGUUCCAUUUGGGAUGAACCUAUUUUGUUUCCCACCUCAUUUCUGAACAGUUUUUGGUUUGGGUUGCGUGGCGUCGCGUUGCGGCGAGGGACUCACCUUCUUCUUCUUCUUCCUCUUCUCGUUAUUCUCUCGUCCAUUCUAUGGAGCUUCAGAGGCGUCCAGAUCAGUGCCUCCCGGAGAGGAAAGGGCAGAAGAGGAAGCUCGAGGAGGAAUUCGAUGACGACCCACAGAUCUCCCCUCCUCCCACCGGCGACGCUCGCGACGCCCUCCUCUCCGACGUUAAGGAACAGGUUUCCCUCCUCGAUUCCACUUUCUCCUGGAACGAACCCGAUCGUGCCGCCGCCAAGCGCGCCACGCACGCCCUCGCCGAUCUCGCCAAAAACGAGGAAGUCGUUAACGUGAUUGUUGAAGGAGGCGCCAUUCCGGCGUUGGUUAAGCAUCUUCAAGUGCCUCCUCUGCCUCUGCCCGAAACCGACCGUGUGCCAAGACCAAUGCCGUUUGAGCACGAGGUCGAGAAAGGGAGUGCUUUCGCGCUUGGACUUCUCGCUGUCAAGCCAGAGCAUCAACAACUCAUUGUUGACAGUGGUGCCUUAAAACAUCUUGUUGAUCUUUUGAAGAGGCAUAAGAAUGGCUUAACAUCUCGUGCCAUUAAUAGUCUCAUUCGUAGGGCUGCAGAUGCCAUCACUAAUCUUGCUCACGAGAACAGCAGCAUUAAGACUCGUGUCAGGAAGGAAGGCGGGAUUCCACCGCUUGUUCAUUUGCUUGAAUUUGCGGAUACAAAGGUGCAAAGAGCAGCUGCUGGUGCACUGCGAACCCUUGCUUUUAAAAAUGAUGAAAAUAAAAAUCAGAUUGUUGAAUGCAAUGCCCUUCCAACUCUGAUUCUAAUGCUUUGCUCAGAAGAUGCUGCUAUUCAUUAUGAAGCGGUUGGUGUCAUUGGAAAUCUGGUCCACUCUUCCCCUGAUAUAAAGAAAGAAGUUCUUCUUGCUGGAGCCUUGCAACCUGUUAUUGGACUACUUAGCUCCUGUUGCUCUGAAAGCCAGAGGGAAGCAGCAUUGUUACUUGGACAGUUUGCAGCAACUGAUUCAGACUGCAAGGUUCACAUUGUUCAGAGAGGUGCUGUCCGACCUCUGAUAGAGAUGCUUCAGUCCUCUGAUGUUCAGCUAAAAGAAAUGUCUGCCUUUGCAUUGGGGAGAUUAGCCCAGGACACACAUAACCAAGCUGGUAUUGCACACAAUGGUGGCUUGAUGCCAUUACUGAAGCUUCUUGACUCCAAAAAUGGCUCUUUGCAACAUAAUGCUGCAUUUGCUCUUUAUGGCCUUGCAGAUAAUGAGGAUAAUGUGUCCGAUUUUAUUAGGGUAGGUGGAAUUCAGAGACUGCAGGAUGGAGAGUUUAUUGUUCAGGCAACUAAAGAUUGUGUUGCAAAGACAUUGAAAAGAUUAGAAGAGAAGAUUCAUGGCCGAGUGCUGAACCAUUUGUUAUAUCUCAUGCGAGUUUCAGAAAAGGCUUUUCAAAGACGAGUUGCUUUAACUCUUGCUCACCUUUGUUCUGCAGAUGAUCAAAGAAAAAUAUUUAUUGAUUAUAAUGGUUUGGAGUUGCUUAUGGGGCUUCUUGGCUCUUAUAACCCCAAGCAACAGCUUGAUGGAGCUGUGGCUUUAUGCAAGUUGGCCAAUAAAGCUAUGACUCUGUCUCCUGUAGAUGCCGCACCCCCAUCUCCAACACCCCAGGUCUAUUUGGGAGAGCAGUAUGUAAACAAUGUUACCUUGUCCGACGUUACAUUUUUGGUUGAAGGCAAACGAUUUUAUGCUCACAGAAUCUGCCUCCUUGCAUCUUCAGAUGCAUUUCGUGCAAUGUUUGAUGGUGGUUAUAGGGAGAAGGAGGCACGAGACAUAGAGAUUCCAAACAUUAGAUGGGAGGUUUUUGAGCCGAUGAUGAGAUUUAUAUACACUGGAUCAGUUGAUAUCACUCUUGAUAUUGCCCAAGAUCUCCUCCGAGCAGCUGAUCAAUAUCUUUUAGAAGGACUUAAGAGACUCUGUGAGUACACAAUUGCACAGGAUAUAUCACUGGAGAAUGUGUCAAGUAUGUAUGAACUUUCAGAGGCCUUUAACGCUAUAUCAUUGAGGCACACAUGCAUCCUUUUUAUCUUGGAGCACUAUGAUAAAUUGAGUGGAAAGCCAGGACACUCUCAUCUGAUUCAGCGUAUAAUACCCGAGAUCCAGAAUUACUUUGUUAAAGCCCUUACAAAGGCCAAUUCCAACAUCCUGCCGUAAUGCGCUGUUAUAUUAUUGACAUCUAACCAGUUGCGAUGUACAUAAUGUGGUUGAUGUUCUUUUUGUUGAGCCUGCGAAGUAAAUCUCCUGGAUCAAGUACAGCAUGGCUUAAAAAAUAUAUCUAACAUCAGGUCAUGUACGUUCAUUUCUGAUGCUGUGCUAGUCCCGUCUAGCUGUAACGUCAUUGUCUUAGAUAUAGCAAAAAUGACCUUCACGAACAUUGUUUUUUUCUCCUGCAAUAUUGUGAUGGUUCUGGCUUGAUAGUUCUCUUUCUCAAUUGAUUUGGCAUUACAAUUGUUGAGUUUAUGAGUAGUAUAGGUUUCCCAAGCAUCUAAUGUAUAUAUGACAAUUAGAUAGUUGUUUGUGAUUGCUGAUGAAUGUAUUGUAAAUUAAAUGCAAAUGCAUUUAAAGAAUUCGUCAUUUAAGCCAUGCUGAAUUCAGUUGCUGCUUAUAAAAAUUGGCUCUUUGUCUA